AUGAUGUCCCAACAUAAUCUCAGCAACGAUGGCCUGGUAGAUCUCGACUAUGACUCGAGAAACUAUCUCCAGGCCCAGAGUUGGCCACUGGCCGUCGACCAGAAUAUCCCGCGACACGAUGAUGCCCGCGACAUUGCGCCUCUGCAGACAAGCGGUCAUACCUUCGACCAGAUCCCAACAGGUGCCAAUUUGAUGCCCGAAUGGCAGUUUCAGCAAUCGCUUCACAGUCAGGUGUCGUAUCCUCAUGUUGAGACGACUGGCCCUCAGUUCACUUCAAGUUAUGGCGUCCCUUUGCAAACGUCUCCCGUCGACUUCCUGCCUGCCUCGCAAGCAGCAGCCUCUUUGGAUGCCAGCAGUCUGCUCGAUGGCUCGUAUCUUUCGCUGUCGGCUCCGGUCGAUAUCACUAUGCCAUUUGCCUAUCCCGACUUUCAGGGACUUAUGACUUUUCCUAACGGGAUACCGGAUUUGACUUCCUAUGGAGGUAUUGCCCACAACAUUCCUGAGAGUAGCUCACCCACGGACACGUAUCUUGAGGUCCGCUCCUUGACCAGUUCGAGCAGCGACAAUGGAUGGGCAACUGUCGACCAUCGUGCCAUCGACCACCGUGCCAUCGACCACUUCCACCACCACGAUCAUGCAUUGUUCAUCAACCCUACUCAGACCUUGCACGACCGAAGUCUUUCUGAAUCCUCCUACUCGGAUUUUGAGCCAAACCGCGCUUCAUGGGGCAGUAGCUGGGUGGACGUUCAACAUCCCAUCAGCUCACCGGGAUCUGAUCAUCUUGACUCAAUUUAUAACCCUGCUGUGGACCGACGAAUUUCUCUUGAUCACGCCUCCCACGGAUCCGUGUCCCCAGUUGCUGUCAGCCCGGUCGCUAUCGUACGACCAAUCCCAGUACCCUCCAAGAAAGCUACUCCUCAAUCCCAUUCACCCAGAUCAUCCACAUCGUCUUCCUCCUCCUCGCCUUCAUCGUCCUCGCCUCCCGCCAGAAAGAAUGCUCGCAAGAGCCCGAUUGCCGCAAAAACCGCCGAAACAAAGGUUCGCAAGCAAUCACAGACAGGCAAGCCAGAGACUACCGAGAAGCGUAUCGGAAAGCGUAAGGGUCCUCUCAAGCCAGACCAGAGAAAACAAGCCAGCGAGAUUCGGAAGCUGCGAGCUUGCUUGCGUUGUAAAUUCCUCAAGAAGACAUGUGAUAAAGGAGAACCUUGUGCUGGGUGCCAGCCUGCACAUGCUCGUUUGUGGCAGGKUCCUUGUACUCGAAUUGACAUAAAGGAGAUUGGUUAUUUCAUGAAGGACUGGAAGGCCGACUAUGAGCGUCACGUUACCCUGGGAUUCUCGGUUGGAAAUAUUAAGGGCUUUUCCGACCAAGAGAGAAUCCUUUUUGUCACUCACGGCUACGGCGAGAUCAUGCCCAUCAAUGCCCGCGAGGUCUUUGUUCGGGACGAAGAAUGUUUCAACAUGGAUUGGUGUGAGACUGUCGAACGGGAGAUGGGCCAUUACCAAGUGUCGACUAUGAAGUUUUCAGCUGGUAUCGAGGGUAUCUCUCAUUCAAAGUUGUCUGACUAUUUGGACCGCCACAUUGACGGUAACGGAAGUUAUGAGAAGUUCGUGGACGACUACUUUGACGGCACGCCAUUCCUGACCCAGAUGCUGAAGACUGCAUUCCGCUACUACUUCCGUACCAAGUUGCCGGUAAUCCGCAAGGCUUUGAAGUUGAUCCUUGCCUACAACCUCACUCUCAGUGUGACCAUGGUUGAGGGUAUUGGUGAAGACGAAGACUUCCUGGGUAAGAUUGAGGGCGAGGGUUCCCGCUUCCGAGGAAAGAUAAUGGCACCCGUCAUGAUCAACUUCCAGAUCAAAUGUGCCAUGGCCAACAUGUGGCGUGAGUUGCAGAAGGACGUUCUUGAGGAGCUAUCGGCUCUUUACUCGAGCGUGUACAGCGGUGAUAGGCUUAAGAACUGGCCUACCAUCUACAUCCUCGCUACAAUCCUCCUUGCUGUUUGGGAGGAAAUGCAAUUUGACUGCCAUUACCGUGUUCCGGAUGUCUCUGCCGUCGACAAGUUCUGCCACGACAUGGAGUCUACUCCCGUUGGUGUCAUCGUCGGGCUUUUCCAGGCUAUUUCCCAGAAAUUGCCCGCUUUCACCGAUUGGGAGACCAGCAAGCACCACCAGUUGCUUGCCUCCAACCCUGAUGUCUGCCAAACUAUGACCGAGGUCCGACAUCACGUUAAGCAGCACGAAUCCUACCUGCGCAACCGCUCCAACACGAAAUUCAACCGUACCGACUUCGACUGCCUGUCGAACAAAUUCCUGUCACGACUAGUUAUUCGCGCCAACUGA